ACAAAAAAUUAAAAAUAAUUUUGCGCCUUUCACUUUCGUGUUUAUGAUAAAAUCAAAAUUAAUUUCUUGUAAUUUGUUUCUACAAUGUGUAUAACUCGUUCAAUAAAUAUUGCAUAAAGAACUUUAGCAAUGUUCCUACUUUUGUAGAGAAAAGUAUUCUAAAAGCUUGCAAAAUGGGCUUGGACUUCGAUGUCUUUGAAUUUUGCAAAAAACUGCGGCAAAACCGGCCUCCGCCGUAUCAGUGUCCUUUAGAAAAGUGUGACAAGGUGUACAAGAGUUUAUGUGGCCUGCAGUAUCAUCUAGUUCAUUAUGAUCACGACAACCCGACCCCGGCGACGCCAGCGGUAGCCAGCCAUCGGAAGAAGGGAAGAGGCAGGGCCGCUGUGCCAACCGGUGACAUCGCUCUCCAAAGUCCACCGAAAGAGGCUCUAACAUUCGCCGAAGCUCAAAAAGUAGUCCAAUUCGAGAUAGAUGGCAAAAUUAGUAGAAUCCCCAUUGACCAACCUCUGCCAAUAAUGUCGUUAGAAGAAUGGGAAAAGAAGAAUGCAGAACUGGACAAACCUCUGCCUUUUGUGGAGCCUCCCGUCGAACCCCAUGUGAAAUUGCCUGAAGCCAGCUUCAAGCUUGUUGACGACUACAAUGAGCGAGUAUGCGACGCCCCACCUCGUCCGAACGCCUACAUCCGUUUCAUAGAGAAGUCUGCUGAAGAGUUGGAUGGUGAGGUGGAAUAUGAUGUGGAUGAAGAGGACACGGCGUGGCUGGCUAUUAUCAAUAAGCAAAGAGCCAAGCAGAACCUGCCGGCAGUCACAGUUGAUACCCUGGAACUGCUCAUGGAUCGAUUGGAAAAAGAAUCUUACUUUCAAGCAUCACAAAACGGCCAGCAGACAGCAGCCACAGUGGACGAGGAUGCGGUCUGCUGCAUCUGCAUGGACGGCGAGUGUCAGAACACCAACGUCAUACUGUUCUGUGACAUGUGCAACCUGGCUGUGCAUCAGGAUUGCUAUGGGGUGCCAUACAUACCUGAAGGACAAUGGUUGUGCAGGAGAUGCCUACAGUCACCAUCGCGUCUUGUCAACUGCGUACUUUGUCCCAACACUGGUGGUGCGUUUAAGCAGACGGAUCAGGGGACUUGGGCGCACGUAGUGUGCGCGCUGUGGAUUCCCGAAGUGAGAUUCGCUAACACCGUGUUCUUGGAGCCUAUUGACUCCAUCGAGAUGAUCCCGGCGGCUAGAUGGAAGCUGCAGUGCAUGGUGUGCAAGCAGCGCAGCGUGGGCGCCUGCAUACAGUGCCACAAGAGCAACUGCUACUCCGCCUUCCAUGUCACUUGCGCUCAGCAGGCUGGUCUAUACAUGAAGAUGGAGGCGGCGGGCGCAGGCCGCGACCCGAGCCAGCCGGUGCAGGUCGCCAAGAUGGCCUACUGUGACGCACACACACCCGCACAUAUACUGCAGGAGAGACGAGCACAGGAAUCGGAGGGAGAUACAAAAUCUAACGACUUGACAGCUAUUCGGCAGAAAGGCAGAGAGAAGAUCAAACAGGCCCGUCGCGUCCUCGCCCUCAAACGCACCUGGGCCCCAGUUGUCCUUGUACCUACUCUCCCGGCAGACCGGGUCGCCGAGGUGGCGGCCCUGGCUCCCGGCGCCCCACCAGCCAGGGCUCAGCUGAUGAAGCGACUCCUGGCGUACUGGACCCUGAAACGACAUAGCAGGAAUGGAGUGCCGCUGUUGAGGCGGCUGCAGAGCCUUACUAGUCAUCAUGGAAGCAGAGGCAUACAAGACGGAACAGUCAAUGUUCGCGAGCUGUGCAAUCAGCUCAAAUACUGGCAGAGGAUACGCCAGGACUUGGAGAGAGCUAGACUCCUCUGCGAGCUAGUACGCAAACGCGAGCGACUAAAGGCGGAGUACACGCGCGUAUGGGAGCGCUGCGUGCUGCACUCGCUGCAGCCGGAGCGAGCCGCGCUGCACAAGCUGCUGCGACUGCUGCGGCAGAAGGACGCCAGCGAUAUAUUCACUGAGCCCGUCGACUUGCAAGAGGUACCCGACUACAGUACCAUUGUAAAACAUCCGAUGGACCUGAGCACUAUGGGCAAGAAGUUGGACCGCGGCGCGUACACCACCAUAGAUGAUAUAGAGGCUGACUUCAAGCUCAUGAUCGAGAACUGUCUCACUUACAACAACAAGGAUACUGUGUUUUACAAAGCUGGCGUUAAAAUGCGCGAACAAUGUGCCCCACUAUUCCGUCAAGCCCGGCGCGAUGUUCGCGAGGCGGGGCUGCAGGCGCUGUGUCACGGCGACAGCCCCCGCGACACCCCGCACUGCGCUACCAGCCCUGCUAGGAACAGUACCGAGAGUCCUGUUCGCGCCAGCCCGGGCCGCAGCGCGAGCCGCGCCGCCAGCCGCCCGCGCUCCAGCAGCGACAGCGAACCCGAACACACGCCAGAAAGGCGUAAAGAACGCAGCAUGUCGCGAGCUCGCAGUGAAAGGCGACAGUCACUCGCUCCACGAGACUCCGAUGACGAGAAUCUUGCCUCCCACCGCGAUACAUCGCCAUCAUCAGCCCCCGCCGUCAAAGCGAAGGGUUGGUGGCGCGGGCGAGGACGCGGCCGUGGACGGCGCGGGGGGCGGGGACGCAGGGGGAGGCCGGCGCCUGCACAUGCUGUUAGAGAUCAUGACAAUGAAACACCUACAUCGGAUUCAGAAACUCCACUACCCCCGAAGACGGUAGAACGCACUCUUAAACUGGCAACACCGGAGAAAUCUCCCGUCAAACAACCAGAGACAACGCCAAUUACAGGCUUGGGGCUCAUGGGUGCACUUAGGAAGCCGACACUGCUGUUGUCGCCGUCCACGAUCGCCGCGCCACCCAAGAGCUUUGGCUCUGAUGCAUCUCUGCCGACAUUGUCAGCCAGUCUGGGUCGCUCCGGCUUAGAGACCUCACCCAAGAAGAAAGGUCGGGGCAGACCACGGAAACAAGAUAAGGACAAGCCUACAUCCUCACCAGAUCUGUUUAGGUCGUCUCAAGGCGGGUCGGGCGCGGGUCUGUCGACGCCGGUGCCCGCUUCGUUCCUGCAAUACCGCGGCCCGCCCGGCGAGGUCGGCUCCGACAGCGAUCUUGCGCUCUCCAGAUCGUCGUCGAGCAGCUCUGCGUGGUCGCAGUCGUGCUCGUCGUGCACGCACUACGAGGACGGCGACGCUUCCGACCACUCCUGCUCUAUGAGCUCUACUGACGGGUCCAGCUUCAACGAGGCUCAGUCCGCGGCGUCGGGCGGCGCGGAGCAGCGACGCCGCUCGCGCCGCACCACCGCGCGGUCAGACGUGUCCGACGCCGAGCCUAGCACGCCCGGGAAGGGUCGUGGAACGAGAUCUUCAACGUCCAAAACCCCCGUCAAAUGUACUCCGGCGUCCACUUUGCAACUAGAACCGCUACAACUCGUGUGGGCCAAGUGCAGAGGCUAUCCCUGGUACCCAGCUCUAAUCAUCGACCCAAAGAUACCAAAAGGCUUCAUUUACAACGGCGUGCCGCUCCCAGUCCCGCCACAAGACGUGCUCAACCUCAAGAAGAACCACUCGCACGAACCCAUUCUAUACCUCGUACUGUUCUUCGACGUCAAACGCACUUGGCAGUGGCUUCCCCCUAACAAGUUGGAACCCCUAGGCCUCGACAAGAGCGUCGACCAGGCCAAACUGGUCGAGUCCCGCAAGCCAACAGACCGUAAGGCCGUCAAAAAGGCCUACGGAGACGCCAUGCAGUUCAGGAAACAAGUCCAUGGUGACGAUAAAUGACAAAAGUUUAGAUACAGGUCCCGCCGGCCUCCUCGCAACAGAACGUUCAGCUUCGGAACGUUCUCCACAAUGCACAUACGCACACCAGAUGACACCACCGAUUCCAGUGAUUGAAUAUUAUUUAGUUUCGCUUACAGUUCUUUGCUUUUAUUGAAGUAUGGAUUCCUCAUUCCAUUGUUUUAUCCGGGAAGUGUGAAUAAUGAAUUGGCGUGAUUGACUGUGGAAAUGUACGAAAAUUGGGACGUUGUAAUGUGUAGCUUAGGAAAGUAGAGAGGUAAAGUGUAGAAAUUGGUAAGAUUACGAUUCGUCAACCAGGAGAUACAACCCAGAGAGGUCGCUUCUCUCAACGACACCUUGACGACGAGAAAGAAAAUGAAGCCGAACGGUGGCCCACAUCUCAAUUGGAGACGAUCUAGUGUCGUCAAGAGUCCAUGGUCAAGGAGCCCCAGGUGAACAACGAUUAGUCAGAGUUUAACUCGGACGAGUUGCAUAAUAUAAACGGGCGAGUACUGCAUAAUAUAAUAUGGUUGAUGAGUUGGACAACAGGCCUCUAGAAGUCUAGAGACGCCAGCAACAGAGUCAAAACGUCUGUGUACAGUCUGCUGCUGCGAGCCAACGCGCGACAUCAUGAUGGUUGAGAAAGAAAAUAAAUUGGUUAAGAAAACAUAGUUUAACAUAGACAUGUGAUCUUCGAAUUCAGUAUCGUAUACGAUUUAAAUGUAGGUUAAAUAAAUGUUUUCAAUAGAGAUAGAAGUAGAAUUCAGAUGUACGCACUCAGGUUUUGUAAAUAAUUGGCCUUAUAACAAUUGAAAGUACAUUAAAGUUAGUACAUUUUUGAAGCAGAACUAACUUUCAAAUAUUUUUUUAUAGAUAUGGUUGUAGAACAUCUUGUUUAGCACAGUUAGGCACAGUAGAAAGCCUUAGUAAAGUUACUCUCACUUCGAUAAUGAAAACCUAUGAGUUUAUUCUAUUAGUGCAGUUUAAUGUUUAACAAAAAGUUUGAAAUCAAUUAAAAAGUAUAAAAUCGUAAUAAAAUAAUUAGAAAGUAUAAAAUGUAUCCAAUUGAUGUAAGAUGGUUAUUAGUGAAUGAAUUGUAUCGUUAUUGUAGACAAAAACAUAAUCAUGAGAAUUAAAUGUUAAUCAAAAUUGUAUCAAAUUGAAUAAGGGAAUGUAGGAUAGACUUUCAAUAAAAUAAAAUAGAUGUGUAUAUAGAUUGCAUGCAUGUGUGUUUUUUUAAAUCUGAGAAUCUUUGUAUGAUGAAUAUGAACUUAUUAUUAAUAAGUAGUUGGAUGGAUAUCCUUAAACUUCAAAUAAAAGACCCAAUCUGAAAUAGAUUUUUAGUAAUUUUGUUGCUUGUCAGAAAAUGUUGAACAUUCUUAGCCCUUCUUCUGUAUGGUAUCUUUUUUAGAAUUGUAAAAUUUGAAAGUUGUUAUUGUUUUAUGCAUUGCUUGUUUGUAGAAAAAAUACAUUUAUUGUAUUUGAA